AUGACCGCAUUCCAGAGCUGUGGCAACACAGAAGGACAUAAUCAAAGUGGCUUUGACUUCAUGAAAAGAAAUCGGAAACUUUACAGGUUACCGCUUGUAGCCUACAAUGCGCAGGUCGGCAAAGCAGUCCCCGACCCCACGAGCGACCAUGGGAUGCCGCUAGCGGCUCUUGUUUCACGUUGGACAUUUCAUAUUUUGUUUGAGCUGCGCGAGUGGAGCGGGCACGGCCUGCAAGGGAAAGCCCAAGAGCCAAGGCCAAACCGCUAUAGCGGGAGGCUGCGGCUCUAUCUAUCGCGGACCGACUACAGCAUAGCACAGGACUACUGA